AUGGUGGUCAAUACCCCCAGACACAACUCCAUCCCAAUAUCCGGCCUCAGUCGCACGCGCAACAACCGCGAUUACCACCCGCGCAGCACCAUUACGACUUCAGUCAAAAUGCCUCGUAUCCGGCAUAUUCAAAGCCUGUCUCCCAUUCCCAGAUUGUCUUGCCCGCGGCUCCCUACGCGUCGCAGCAAUGCUCACCCUAUCAACAACAAACAGACAGUGAAUCAACCCUCCCCAAAUUACACACCGCGGCCAAUCCAAGCUCGCCCUCCGCCCGCAAAUAAUGCACCGCUUCAAUACGGCGGAGCUCUGUCUCCGCAAUAUUAUUCUAUCCCAAACCGACCCGAUACAUAUCCGUCGCCACAGCAGCAGUAUCCAAUGCAACUACCCCCCCGACCUCAAUCACAUCCUCAACCUGCCUCCUACCCACAGUCUCCUCAGGUAUACCCUCAGGCCGUAAUAAAACUGCAGCCCACUUUGCAUCAGCAGAGAUCAGUGAGCGGUUUGCAACAGCGAAGCACGCCAGGUCUUCAAGCUCCACCUAGAAAGUCUCCGUCCCUGAAACACAUGCGCUCCAAAUCCCCCGUGAAGAUGCCACAUCCACAACAGCACCAAGGAGUUGGAAAACCCGCAAUUGAUUACCAUGUGCUGCUUCUUUCGCUGGCAGAUGAGUAUAUCGAUGCGGCUCACAGCCAAGGCACAGCACUUGCAGUUGAGCGUAAUGAGGUAGAGACCGACGAGUACUACAAGCUCAUAGCUACUGGUCUGGCUUGCCUGAACGCAGUGCUGAAGAACUGGAAAUUACAACCCCGAACCGAAGCGCUGGUGCGGUUACGGUAUGCCCGGAUAUUAUAUGAAGAAACAGAAAAUGACUCCGAGGCGGAGAGCGUCCUGAGUAAAGGGGUUGAUUUAUGUGAAAGGAACCGUAUGUAUGAUUUAAAAUAUUGUAUGCAGCAGCUGCUUGCCCGCAUUUUCUAUAAGUCAAACCCAAAGGCUGCAAUGAAGCAUGUGGAUGGUGUUAUUCGUGACAUUGAAGGAUAUCGUCAUACUGCCUGGGAAUAUGCUUUCCGUCUACUUCGAGUUACACUCUCACUUUCCUCCUCACAGCAAGAUACUUCCGCCGCCAUCCUGAACCUACAGAAGGUUUCCUCCCUGGCUGGCCGCAGCGGGGACAGAGCAGUGCUUGUUGUUUCUUCGGUAAUCGAAGCCCUAGUACGCCUGCAGCAUUCUUCAGGUCAUGACUCUAUAGAGCAAGCACAACGAGCUUUAGCUACAGCAAGGAGCUACCAGCUUGACAACAGGGUGCUCGACAUUCCACAAAUAAGUACAAUGAUCCAAAUUAUGGAUAUAUGUUGCAGCCUGCUUGAGUAUGAUGUCAAGCAAUCAGCGGAAAAGCUUCAGAUAAUGCAAAAGGUAAUGGAUCAGAAGAUAGAUGAUCCACACUGGCAGAAUGACGGUAGCUUUUCAAUACCACUCAGCCAUAAAACCCUGUCGCCGUCAGCCGUGGAGCCCACAGAUAUUCUACAAGUCAGCGAUGGAAAUGUAUCACUGGCACUAAGCUGGCUUCCGGAACAUGAUCUCUAUGCCUUGUGCUAUUUUCUGAGCUCUGUCACAUUAACAGCAAAAAACUCACAAGAUGGUCACAAGUCUGAGAAGUAUCUUAGUGAGGGAUUAAAAAUGAUAAGAAGUAAUUUCAAAACACCACAGGAAAUUCCCGAGUCACUAUCAUCUGCUGCAGCGAGGAUCGAAUGGCGACGAGCUUUGUACUGCAAUAUGCUCCUACAGUUAAUUUUCCUUGCCUGUGCCCGAACCGAUUGGGCCCUCGCUCGCCAGACGUUAAAAGAACUGCAUGCAGCCUCAUCUGAGCUGGGGGAUAAUUUAGAUGAAACAACCAAAUGUCUCAUGGAAUACGCAAGCGGCAUUAUCUCCCAAGGCACAGGUGAUCUCAAAGCCGCACUCACAACUUUUCAAGGACCCAUUUUCGCUCUCAAUCAAUUUACCAGCAAGUCCUCCCGCAAUGAUCCGCGACGUGACACCGCCAUACUUGCCGCCCUCAAUUCUGCCCUGAUAUUACGUGAUCCCUCCCGCCUCUCCCACUCCGCUGCCUCCAAGACCCUCUCCUCGAUAGAACCCUUUUGCCGGACAAGCUCAAACAAAUACAUACAGGCCGCCUAUUUCCUAAUAUCAGCCACGACACACCCAGAAUCCACAAUCCAAACCAAACGCGACCUUCACCAUUCUCUCCAAGCCGCCACGGCAAUCAGCAACAGCCAAGUAACCUGUAUCGCACUGACUUUUAUGAGCUGGAAAUACUUCCGGGGCGUCGUGGGUGAGCAGUCUGAGAAAAGCGCCAAGGCUGCCCGGGCCAUGGCUAGGAAGGCAGAUGAUAAACUGUGGAUAUCUGUUACUGAGGAGCUGCUAGCGGCUACUUUGGACUCGCAGGGGAAAUCGGGGGAGGCGAGAGCAACGAGGGAGCAGGCGGAUAUUGCGCUGUUGGGGUUACCGCCUGUGUUGAAGAAGAUGAAAUCUAGCUCUUCUGCGUCUAAUAAUGGGCCAGAAGGUGAGCCGGGAGGUGGGCGAUCGUCGGAAAUGAUUAUAAAGGCUGUGGAGAUUUGA